AUGUGAGAAACUGGAAGGGAAAGUGGAAAGUAAAGAGGAGAGGAAGCUUUGAGGAGACUGAAGGAGAGUUGUUGGGAAAGAGGUUAGAGGGUAGAGAGCGAGUAUUCCCAAAGGAGAGCAGGAAUAAAGGGAUCUGUGCUGAGAAAGGAAAGUAGAAAAGGGAAAAAUUUAGCAGAAGAAAGAGGGGGAACUCUAAGAAGAGCAGUCACAUGGAAAGAAAAUGACAGAUCAGUGAAGUCAGAGAGAAAUAACGAAGCAUCUAUAGGACUGUAAAAGAAAGUGAAGAGAGGAGAGGGAAGUAAGGAGGGGUAGAGGGUGAAGAAGGGGCGGCAGAAACAGAAAGAGUCAGAAAUACAGAACAACAAGUGCUGAAAGUGUAGAAGAAAGAAGAGACAAAUGUUCAGAAUGUGAGAAAGAUGAGAAACAGACAAGGAGAAGGAGAGAAGACGGGAAGUUAAGAGCUAAAAAAAUCAAGACAAAAACAAAACCAGCAGCAGAGAAAGAGCAGAUGAAGAGAAAGGAAAAGACUUAAGGUCAUUAACUGAAGUUGACAAAAGGAAAAAAGAGCCGACUGUCAAAGUGGGAAGAGCUGAAAGAGGAGGAAACACAAAGGGAGUGGAGAAGAAGCCGAGGGGGAGAGAGGAGAGGACAGAGAGCAGAUGUGAGGAAGAAAACAGGAGAGAAAACAGGAGAGAGAACAGGAGGAACCUAAUGAACUGCUGUUUUCAGUCGCUCUUACGUUGUUGUGAAACGUUCUUGAGCCGCUGCUGCAACACCGAACGCUAUCAGGACUGAGCAGACAGCUGCCAAGCCCACUGACAUACACACACACACACACACACACACAAAAAGCAAAGGAUUGGAUAUGUGUGUGUUGGAUAUGACUCGUCCGCUGAGGCAGUUUGCUGUGGAGGCUUUGGAGUGACAGUUGGGAAUAACCAGUUCUUCGUCCAUCACGUGAGUGAAGAUGAAGUGACUCUGCCAGGAUCUGAACACAGACGACUCAGCCGAUUUGGAUGUCUCCAUCAGAUGAAGCACAACAACCAGGAUGUCGGUGAAGCUGCGAUUCGACUCGCCUGCAGAUGGAGGUUUAGUCCACAGGAGUCGUUCCUUCACUGGGAUCAGCUCUCUGACUGGACGACGACGGCCGCCCUCUGCGCGCAACUCUCUGCGCUCCAAAGCGACCGCAGGAGGAAAAUCUCCCAGGAUGCACUUGUCUCCCAGCAGAGGGGGAGGGGGUGUCUGGUCUCUGCAGCCGGAACAGGUCGACAGAGUCUUCCAGGCGCUGCGAAAAGGACUCAAGGAGUGCCUGGAGGGCCACCAGACUGAGAUGGACUUCCUGUCUACACAGCAGAGAGAGACCAAGAGAAACUCCAGACUGGCCUUUCUCUAUGAUCUGGAGAAGGAGAUCAGAGCGCUCGAGAGAUAUAUACGACGAUUAGAGUUUCAAAUCAGCAAGGUGGAGGAGCUGUAUGAGACCUACUGCAUCCAGUGGAGGUUGUGUCAGGGAGCACUGAACAUGAAGAGAGCCUUCUCGCUGUCCCCGUCCACCAGAGCCUCCAGAGAGAGUCUGCUGGAGCUCAACCGCAACCACAGACACAGCCUUCAGGACAUGUCAGUUAUGGAGGGAGAGUUAGAAAUCCUCCUCGGAGAGCUACACAUCAAAAUGAAAGGUCUGAUCGGCUUCGCUCGACUCUGCCCUGGGGACCAAUACGAGGUGGUGGUGCGGUUGGGCCGCCAGCGAUGGAGGAUCAGAGGGAAGAUCGAAUCAGAUGACACACAGUCCUGGGAUGAAGAGGAGAUGUUCUUCCUCCCACAUAUACACCACAACUUUGAGAUCAAGGUGACGGAGGCAAAGGGUUUGAGUUGGCUGCUGGUUGGCACGGUAACGUGUGCCAGUGCAGACUUCUUUGUGGCGAGGCCGCAGCUGAUGUUGGUGGACAUCACGGAGCUGGGAACCAUCAAACUGCAGCUGGAGGUCACCUGGAAUCCAUUUGACAGCACCGACAAGAUGAGGCCUCUGUCCGUCAGCAGGCAGUCGCUGUCCAGCAGGAAGGCUUCAGUUUACAGCUGGACGGCACCCAGCACCCCCUCCUUCACUGAGAAAUACUUUAUAUCGAUGGUGCGCGAGCUGCAGGAUGGAGAAAGCUCUCUCCCGUCUCUGGUGCCUAAGACACGUCAUAACAGAGGAGGUGUGUCUCUGCUCAGCUACCUGUCCAACCCCUCGGUCACAUCAAACUACAGCCCUCCAUCCCCCUACACCCCGAGCCUCACACGGACCCACAGCUACACCUCCAGCCCAAGUCAAGGCACCAGCCUGGGAGGAAGCCAGCAGCUGCCUCUGGAGGAGGAAGGAUCCCCGGAGGUCUCUGCGGAGCAGAGUCAGAGGAGGAAGAGGAUGGAUGAAAGGGGGGAAGAGGAGGAGUGGGGAGGUGUGGGAGAAAGUCCAUCUCCACCAGCAAAGAGUAUGACAGGAUCCCUGCAGAGACUCAGCACUCCUGACAUCCUCAGAAAGAACACAGCUGGAGAACCAGAUGCUGAGACACACAGUUCUGUCCUGGGACCGGACACUGUCAACCAGCAGGACUCUCCCAUUUCUGCCCAAGCUUUGCCCUCUCUUUCACCUGAGCUCCCAGCUGUAGCCCUCUCCUCACCAACAAUGGUGGCUCCGACCCCUGGUAGGAUGGGGAUGAGCAGCGCCCAGCGCAGGGCCCAGGCCUUCCGACUGGGAGCCCUGAUCGCAGAGCUGGAGAAGAUGUUACAGAACCAGAAGGAGCUCAAGGCUCUGGACCACCAGAUAUCACACAUCUCAACUAUACUGAAGAAUGACCUGUCUCUGUUGAGAAGCUCCUCAUCAGAGGAGACUCUGGCCGUGGAGGAAGUCCUGGGCAGCUUUGACUUCUUGUCACAUGACCUCAAUGCAGAUGAUGACACUUCCUGUUUGGGCAGCAUGAGACUGAAAGACAGCGGCAUCAGUUCAUUCCAGCAGAGCACUCUGAGGAGUCUCGGCCUCCUCUCCCAGCACAGCCAGUCAGCGUCUGAGGAAGAGCUGGUCAUCACCCCUCUGACUUCUGGGAACUGGGGUCUUGACCAAGCUCUAGAGACACACCUGGAUAUUUGCUGCAUCCUGCUACAGAUGAUAAGAACGACCGACUUCAGCCCGUCUCAGACGCAGCUGCUGGAGGAAAUGUCUCUUCAGGCCCAAGUCCUGGACAGAGUCAGCUGUCUGCUGCUAGAGAAGAACGACAACAUCACUGCUCGAGACAUCCUCCCUAAGGCCCAGAGAAUGAGGGACGUGCUGUUGUUCUGGGAGGAGUGUGUGAGCGACAGCAGCUCUCCUUUCUCUUGCCGCCCUGACAGCUUCUGCAAGACGCUAAAGAAACGUUACACACACAAGGUGAAGGCCAAGCAGCCCGGUCAGUCAGAAAAAGUGUUUUCUCAGCUCCUACAGCAGGUCCAAACGGCCAGUCAGAUGGUGCCUGGCCCUCAAUCGGUCUGCAGCCCAGACAGAGUCACCCUCUUCCAGCUGUCAGUGUAUCUGAAACGCUGGAGCAUCCAGGAGCUGGGAGCGCACAUCUCACGCCUCUCCAAAGAAGAGUACAUGCUGUCAGCCUUGAGGAGCCCCAAACGGAGGCAGGCUUUAAAUAAGCUGCGAGGGCGUCGCGUCGCAGAGCUCCUCCCACUGGGAUGCACGCUGCAGACCCUGGCCGCCCUGCAGAUCGAUGCCAACCAUAGAGUCUGCAAAGCUGCUGCCAAGUGUUUGUCUAGAGCUGCAGGCUGUAAG